AUGGGGAGAUCGUCGCCUCCAUUCCUUUAUGAGAGACCGUCCGCCUACAGCUUCAAAGGUCCCACCGACCGCGGCUUCAACCCGAGGGCCGCGACAGAGGCGAGCUGGACUCGUCCAGCAGCCAAACCCAAACAAAAAGGACCACUAGUGGAGCUAAACCGCCACCCUGACACGUGGGGUUUCUUUAAUACGGCCAGCUCAUUUACACCGAUGAGCUACAAAACAAAGGAUCGGGUCAAGUAUGCACGAACAACUCAGCUUGUACUUCGAGUACUCAAUCUCCUGGGGGCCCUGGGCUCCCUGUUCUGCUCUAUUGUUAUUAAGGGAGCUGCAACGAGCAUUAUCUGGAUCAUUCGCGCCGGUCCCAUAGUUGCAAUUCUCCACACGGUCUAUGGCAUCUAUCAUAAUUCCCGAUCUUCUCUUAAUCGGCCCGCAGGUUCCCAAUCCAGCUAUGGAAUAUUCGCUGCGAUUCUCGACUUCGGACUCAUCCCAUUCUACGUGUUUACUGCGUAUAUUGCGUAUGGUCAAUGGAACUCCAAUGCAUACCACUGGAAAAAUCUCUUCAAUGACGAUGACAUGACUGGAAAAUUGUCUGAGAGCACCUUCAUCUUGGCUAUCGCAAAUGGCGCGUUACAUCUCAUCUCCUUUGCCAUAUCGAUUUUCUUGGCGGUCAUAUUCCGGAAGAUCUCGCGCCUACCGCCUGACAUGAACCCACUUGAAGAUAAUCUGACUGCACGUCCCCGUAAAAGUCACAAGGAGACUCAAAUGGAGGAGAAACACCUCAGCCAAUCCACCCUGGAUUCCACCUUUGAAGAUCCGCUCAUGGGAUCGCCUCGCAGUGUGCCAUUCAUGCAUACACGCGAACAGUCUUUCGGUGGUGAUUCGAACCGUGGAUCAACAGGUUUGCUCGACGAGCAGCGGCAGUCACACCCUGCCUUUUAUCAGCAUCGCCUAUCCCACUUGGAAUCUCCAACCUCACCUCACAUGGAUCCCUCUAGCCCCGAGACUCUAUUCCAACAAAGCGCGAACGAGCCCUAUGAUUUCACCUCACAGACACCUGCCCCAGAGUAUCGAAAUGUUGCCUCGCACGCUCCUGAAAUCAUCGAUGCUACUGCUCAAAUGCGUCAUCUGUCAUCACGUACCGCUGAUCGAUCGGAAACCGUCAGCCCAGUGUCCAAUAAUUGGGUAGCAUACUCUGAACGGUCUCUAUCGCCAAUGGGGGAGACUCAUAACGAUAACGAAAACACUCUCCGUCAGUCCUCCUCUGUCUACAGCCGAAAAACCAACAAGACCAUCCCGUCCGCCAGUAGUGGCAUUCGAGAUUGGUUUGCUUAUUCCAAGCCGGAGCCAAGUAUUGGAAGUGUCAUCCCCGAAGAUGUACGCGGGGAAUAUGCGUCGCUUUCCGCUCACGAAUUCUAUGGCCUUGAUGAUAACCAUCGUGAACAAGAUGUGGGUGAUCAGCGCAUGGACAUAUUCCCAGACCCAGAAGAUCACAAAGAGGACACUGGCGACGAACGUGAUGGCAGUAUUCCAUUUAACCCCCUCAUGCUUAACCCGCCAACCCCGCAACCUAUUCUGACCGAACAGCCCGAGAAUACCGAUCCCGUGCGGCGGGUUGCCUUGGGCGAUAGGCCCAACUUAUCGUACAAUCCACGAGCACAGCCGGUGUCUGUUCCACAUGAGAGCCCCCAAACCACUUCGCCCAAGACCCGGUUCUAUGGCGACCUGGAUGUGGAUGGUAAGCCUGGAUUGGCCGCUUCUCGCGAAUCAAGUAUCCAGGUGCCCCGUAAGCCUAACAAGCUUACGAAGAAACGCAACAGCAAGAUAUCUGCUUAUGAGUCUCUCAAGAAGAACGACAGCGAUGAAGAAAAUGGAUACCUCUCAGCCAGGACGCGUGCUUCGCAUCGCGCUACCGAAAGCGACCGCAAGGGCCGCGUUGUGAGCAACACCGGUGCAGACACUGCGCGGCCUGCCGUUGCAGCCGGAGUUGGUGCAUCCUUAUCCUCAUACGGAAGUUACAUCGCUGGUCUGGGCGUUGGACGCCGCCGUGAUGUGAGUGGCAAGGUCGCUGAAGAAGGGCGAAGUGAAAACGUUCUUGAUGAGCAACCCAGUUUCGAUCAGAACGAAAGCCACAGAGAGGCUCAGACCUCUUCACCAAAUCGGGCUGCUGGAUGGGCUCGAUUCGCCGGGCUUUGA